AUGACGGGACCCAACCCAACACACAUGCAUUGCUCUGUGCUGUGCGGUCGUCUGCCGGACUGUUAUGCUCCGAAGAACUCCACUCAUUCGACAAAAUUUCUCAAUCCGAAGGUCAGCAUUUUACUUAUUUCACCCAUCACCGAGCACAGUUUGAAACCGCAGGAUUCGGUCAAGACGGAAAGAGUCCAUCAAAACUGUCCGGCUAAAGUGGAAAACGAAUGCCGGAAAAAGCAACUGCUCCAUUGGAACUCCACUAACAACAAAACGGGGCCAAACCGGGGUACAGUAAAUGCCAACGGAGAAACCAAACGGCAGCGGACGUCGUACACGCGCUACCAAACCCUGGAACUGGAGAAGGAGUUCCACUUCAACCGAUACCUGACCCGGCGGCGGCGGAUCGAGAUCGCCCACGCGCUCUGUCUGACGGAGCGGCAGAUCAAAAUUUGGUUCCAGAACCGUCGGAUGAAGUGGAAGAAGGAGCACAAGAUGGCCUCGAUGAACAUCGUCCCGUACCACAUGUCCCCGUACGGCCACCCGUACCAGUUCGAUAUCCACCCGUCGCAGUUCGCGCACCUGAGCGCAUAG